AUAAGGUUGUCACAUUUUUCCGGUUUGAUUCAGUUUGAGCUUUGGUUUAGGCUAUGUCCUAAUGAGGUCAAGGCAAUGACCUCCACCGGCCAGCCGGAGACAACAGUUGGAGACAUGCCGCAGGUGAGAGUUUUUGCAUGCCCCAAGGUUCCUACUCUCUUUCUGCCUCACUAUACUGACACAGAGUCAGCCUUCGUCCCUCCUCACUGCUCCUACCACAGCCUGGGACACUGUCUGCGCACCAACAUCUUUCCAGGAGCUCCUCUGGUGUGGAAGUCCCUGGUAAAAGACUCAUACAUCGUUCACCCCUUGCCUGCCCCUCCUACAGACCCCCAGUGUUGGUACGGCCGCAGGACUGAUGACAUGGUGAAAUGGACAGAAAGAAACAUUGUGAAUCAGAAGUUGAACAAGACUCUAAAGGCAAUGGAGAACAAAGGGUCUAAAUGAGGCCAUGAUGCAGUGGCCAUUUCACACCCUCACCGCAGCACCCAUGCACCUUCCACAUAAUUUACACCUCUUUUUACACAUAUAUCUACAUGCAAGCCCUUACAAACCUUUUCUGGUACACUAGGUCACCUACGCAUGCACACACUUGCACAUGCACACACACACAACCAUUGCCACAAACUCAAAACGUAAAAAAAACCAACCCAUGCUAAAACAACAAUUUGUAUGUUGACACAAGUUCAUGAUCUCUCUUUUGCCGCAAUAAAAGCAGAACAGCAUCCUUCACCUUCACCUGAUGUUCUGUGUAUUGUAGGGCUCAUUUACU